UCCAAAAGGCCUCCGUGAAGCAACAGCAAAGACUCAAAAAAUGGAGGAGAAGCAGAAGAUACUUCUUGAGGCCGUGUUUGGCGAAUCAUCCGACAGCGAAGACUCCGAUCACCAUCCGCAGAAUCGGUUGGAGGACUCUUCAAUCCAUCCCGAGAAAAACCCUAGCUGGGAACCCAUCAGCGAGAUCAACGGCCUAUGGCUCUGCAGAGAUUUCCUCUCUCCGCAAGACCAAUCCUCCCUUCUCUCCGCAAUCGAAAAAGAAGGAUGGUUCAGUCAAGCCUCUCAUAAUCAGGCUAUGAGGUUUGGAAACCUUCCUGAGUGGGCAACUGAACUCUCUCAUUCCAUUCGUGAGGUGGUGCUUUUUAGCGAUUAUGUUUCUGAACACAUGGACUCAGUGACCUGUGAUGGGGAUAAGAAAGGCUGCCUCUUGCCAUCUGAAAUAUUGUGGAGAGAGCCCCUUUUUGAUCAACUAAUCUUAAAUGUAUACCAACCAGGUGAGGGUAUCUGUCCACAUGUUGAUCUCAUGCGCUUUGAAGAUGGAAUUGCCAUUGUUUCUCUGGAGUCAUCAUGCAUUAUGCAUUUCACCCAUGUUGAUGAUACAGAGGCUUGUGACAGUGGAAGGGAAGGAAGAAACUAUUCGUCCAUGACAAAGAUUCCUGUUUAUCUGACCCCAGGAUCUCUAGUUCUGAUGUCGGGAGAAGCUCGCUACUUCUGGAAGCAUGAGAUAAAUCGCGAGCCAGGAUUCCAGAUAUGGGAAGGGCAGGAAAUUGAUCAGAAGAGGAGAACCUCUAUAACACUGAGGAAGCUCUGCAAAAUUGAGUAGUGUCUUCAUUCCUCCACCCAUUUGCCCAUUUCAGGGAUUACCAGUUCCAUAAUUGUAUUCCAAAAUGUUUGUUUGUCUGCAAUCCCAAUUUCAAAUCUGCAGAAACUAGGGUUUGAGAUUUUGAACUGCAUACCUGUAUCAAAACUAAAAUGACAAAGCCACAUUCAUAUUGCAGAAGAGAAAAUUGAAGUUUUCAGAUGU